ACAGCCAUUCAUGUAGCAGCCGGAAAUGGAUUCAUAGAUAUUGUAAAAUUAUUAGUUGAAGCAGGAUGUAGAAUCGACCAACUUGACAACUCUAAUAGAACACCAUUUUUUAAAGCAGCAUUAUCAGGACAUAAGAGUGUAGCACAAUAUUUAAUAGAAAAAGGUGCAAAUGUAAAUAGACAAGAUAAAUUAUUAGAUACACCAUUAUACUCUUUUAUCCAACAAAAGAUCGAAACUGUUGAAUUAAUAUUAAAGAAUGGUGGAAGUUUUGGUACAACAAACAACUCUGGAAAGACACCUUUAAUGAUGGCAGCAAAGUCUCAAAUUCCACAAUUAGUUCAAUUAUUAAUAGAUUAUAAUGCAGAUCCACACAAAAAAGACAAU